UCCAAAAUGGAAUAUUUAUAAUAGCUUUGCUAUGCAGUAAACCUCAUUACUUCCCUCUCUCUCUCUCCUCCAAAACAGAGAACCAAAACCCCAUGUCAGAGACUCAAGUUUACCAUAAUUCAUCCCAAUUUUCUCCAAAAAUUAUUUCUGAAUUCCAAUAAAAAGAAUAAAACAAAAUCUGAAUUAAGCAUUAAUUUCAUACCCCAUUUAUUUUUUCUUUCUUAAAGUCAAGUUGAUUCUUCAAAUAUAUUUUCUGGGUUAAUUAACAAAAAAAAAAAAAAAAAGAUGAAGGACAACAAUGAAGAACAAGCAAGGUCUUUGUUUGGAAUAAGUUUAACAAGUAGACCUAAAUGGCACCAAUUUUUAAUCUGCUCUUCUGGGUUUUUCUUCGGUUACCUCAUCAAUGGCAUUUGUGAGGAAUAUGUAUAUAACAGGCUUCAAUUCAGCUAUGGUUGGUACUUCACAUUUGUUCAGGGGUUUGUGUACCUAGCAUUAAUCUACUUAAAUGGGUUCACCACCAAGCAAAUGGUGAAUCCAUGGAAAAUUUAUGUCAAGCUUUCAGCAGUUCUCAUGGGUUCUCAUGGACUUACUAAAGGAUCUUUGGCUUUUCUUAAUUACCCUGCACAAAUCAUGUUUAAGUCCACUAAGGUUUUACCCGUGAUGAUAAUGGGUGCAUUCAUCCCGGGCUUAAGAAGGAAAUACCCACCAUCGGAGUAUCUAUCGGCAUUACUUUUGGUGGUGGGUUUAAUCCUCUUUACUUUGGCUGAUGCUCAAACAUCUCCAAACUUUAGCAUGAUGGGCGUUAUGAUGAUAACUGGUGCUCUAGUCAUGGACUCCUUCCUUGGGAAUGUGCAAGAAGCAAUCUUUACCAUGAAUCCCGAGACCACUCAGAUGGAGAUGCUGUUUUGCUCAACCGUCGUCGGGUUGCCAAUGUUGAUACCACCCAUGAUUCUGACAGGAGAAUUAUUCAGAGCAUGGACAUCAUGUUAUCAGCAUCCCUAUGUGUAUGGUGUGUUGAUUUUUGAAGCCAUGGCCACCUUUAUUGGUCAAGUCUCUGUCUUAUCUCUCAUUGCAUUGUUUGGUGCUGCUACUACAGCUAUGGUGACUACUGCAAGAAAAGCAGUGACAUUGCUUCUAUCUUACUUGCUCUUCACAAAGCCUUUAACUGAGCAACAUGGAACAGGGCUGUUGUUGAUUGCCAUGGGAAUCAUAAUUAAGCUUUUACCUGAUAACAAACCCCAAAAACGAGUCUCGACACCAAUCGAGAUCAGAAAGGUCGAAAACCCAUCCAAUGAAGAGGAGAUGAACCGGUUGAUAAAUGAUGAUGAUGAAGAACGAAGACAUGUGGUUUGAGAAUAAAAUCGUUUAGUACAACAUUUUUAUAAAAGUUCUUUUCUUCUAGAUUCAAAAUUGAGAGAUAGAGAAUGAAAUUGGGUUGAUUAACUAUGAUGGCAAGUCUAUAGAAAUGAAUUAGAUUUACAUAUGUCCCUUGAAGGUGUUCCAAGUUCACAUAAUGGGAAAUUUAAUUAAAUUCAGAACUGUAUUACCCAAUAUCAAUUCGGGCCAAGUAAAUACAGGAAAUUUUUAAUCUUGAA